UUAUUCUGAAACCUUCCAUUCCAUACGUAACAUAACCAACAGUGUAACACAACACCUGAUGCUUCACCCACUGCCCCAGAGGAGAACCCAUCCCACGCUCCCAACCACUCCAACUCCCGUUCUCCUUAAACCCCCACAGUUACAAAACCCUCUUAAUCAACAUAGCUUUGAACAAAGCUACAAGCACGUCUGCAACCUCCUCCUCUCCCUAACCCACUCCAGAUCCCUCCCAAAGGGCAUCCAAAUCCACGCACUCAUCAUCAAAUCAGGCCUCCAAACCAUCCCCCUCAUUUCUCAUCACCUCAUCAACUUCUACUCCAAGUCCCAAUUGCCCCUCCUUUCCGGCCAAAUUUUCGACGAGGCCCCACGUAAGUCGUCCACCACUUGGAGCUCCGUGAUCUCCUCCUUUUCCCAGAAUGAGCUUCCCUCGCUUGCCCUCGAGUUCUUUCGUCGAAUGUUCCGUACUGGGGUUCGACCCGACGACCAUAUACUCCCGAGCGCGACGAAGUCGUGCGCCAUUUUGUCCAGGUGUGAUAUUGGGCAGUCUAUACAUUGCCUCUCUGUGAAGACUGGGUUUGAAUUUGAUGUGUUUGUGGGGAGCUCAAUAGUUGACAUGUACGCAAAAUGUGGGGAAAUCGGAUAUGCUCGGAAAGUGUUUGAUGAGAUGCCUGGGAAGAAUGUGGUUUCUUGGAGUGGGAUGAUAUAUGGAUAUGCUCAGUUGGGUGAUGAUGAGGAGGCUUUAAGACUGUUUAAGCAAGCUUUGUUCGAGAAUUUGGAUGUUAAUGAUUUUACAUUUUCAAGUGUGAUACGGGUUUGUGGCUAUUCAACGCUACUAGAAUUGGGGAAGCAAAUACAUGGGUUUUGCUUUAAGACGAGCUUUGAUUCGUCGAGCUUUGUGGGUAGUUCUUUGAUUUCUUUGUAUUCUAAGUGCGGAGUUAUCGAGGGAGCUUAUCAGGUUUUUGCGGAGUUACCAGUUAAGAAUCUUGGUACGUGGAAUGCAAUGCUGAUAGCUUGUGCUCAGCAUACCCAUACGGAUAGAGCUUUUUCUCUAUUUAAAGAUAUGGAAGCUGCUGGGAUGAAGCCAAAUUUCAUCACGUUUUUGUGUGUUCUGUAUGCUUGUAGUCAUGCAGGGUUAGUUGAAAAGGGGCGAUAUUACUUUCAGCUAAUGAAGGAAUAUGGAAUUGAGCCAGGGGGUCAGCAUUAUGCUUCCAUGGUGGACUUGCUUGGCCGUGCAGGAAAAUUGCUGGAUGCAGUUUCGAUUAUUAAAGAAAUGCCUAUGGAACCAACAGAGUCUGUGUGGGGAGCUUUAUUGACUGGAUGUAGAAUUCAUGGGGAUACUGAAUUGGCAGCCUUUGCUGCUGAUAAAGUCUUUCAGUCGGGCCCUGUGAGCCCAGGCAUACACGUGCUACUGUCUAAUGCUUAUGCUGCUGCUGGAAGAUGGGAGGAAGCAGCCAAAGCCAGGAAGAUGUUAAGGGACCGCGGGAUGAAGAAGGAAACGGGCUUGAGCUGGGUUGAGGAGGGAAAUAGAGUUCACACAUUUGUUUCUGGGGAUAGGUAUAAUGUAAAAACUCGAGAGAUCUAUCAGAAGUUGGAAGAAUUAAUGGAGGAAAUGGAGAGUGCUGGAUAUGUGGCAGACACAAGUUUUGUGCUUAAAGGAGUGGAUGGUGAGGAGAAAAAUCAGGCAAUUAGGUAUCACAGUGAAAGACUAGCCAUUGCAUUUGGGCUCAUUACCUUUCCACCUGAAAGGCCAAUCAGGGUGAUGAAGAACUUGCGUGUUUGUGGUGAUUGUCACACUGCAAUCAAGUUUAUGUCCAAGUGCACUGGAAGGGUGAUUAUUGUGAGGGAUAACAACCGGUUCCAUAGAUUUGAGGAUGGUAGAUGCACUUGUGGAGAUUAUUGGUGAUUGAUAUUGGAAGUUUUCAUUCACAUUGACCAAAUACAUAUGCAGGCAAACAAUUACUGGAAAAGAAGAAUUUUGUUUCAUUUUUUUUUUUUCACAAUUGAAACUUUACUCCAGUAUUUAAUUGCUGUCUAAUUGUAUAAUGCAUUCAGCGGCUUUGGAAUAUUGUCAGAUUGGAUUUUGUUCAAAUCUGAGAGGUUCGUCAAGAAAAAAAAAGGUUCAUCUGCUCGGAUCCAUACAUCCAUAGGUAUUUUAUUUUUCAA